CAACGAGAGAAGCAGAACCGGAGGCAAUGGAUCGAGACGUGGUGAGUUCUGGCUGGAGAGCGACGCGCACGUGAGGGGUGCUGGAGAGGUAGGCGUCGAGGCUCUUGGCCUUGGAGAUCUGGCGGGCAAAGUAGACGAGGAUCUUCCAGCA